AUGAAUCGCAACGAAGUCAAUGUUCCUUCAGAUCCGAAGGUGAAGGAGGCUGAUAUCAAUCGUAAACUGCAGCUCUAUGGCAUUUACUCUGCAUUCAAAAUUGGAAAGGUCCCAUCGAAUAAGCAAAUCGAUGUCGCCCUGAAUAGCCUCUUGGCUUCAGACGCUCUCUCUUCCCCUCCUAGUAGCCUCUCGCCCGAAGGCCACAUACUCAUCAAAGAUGUUCGCGAUGUGAUUGAGAACGCUAAAAAGCUUAUUCUAGUUAAAAACGAGGGGAAUUUGAUACAGGAGUUCAUCUGGGACGUGGAACAUAUUGGGGAGCGCUCCACAACCCCAACUCCAGGGGUUUCAACUGACAAAGAUGCUAUGAAAACGGAUCUUAAGCUGGCUGCUGAGGGAGUGCAGACGCUCUUCACUUUGCUUGUAACCAAUGGCCAGUUCCGGAAGCUUCUUCGUGAUGUGACAAUACUUAUGCGUGACAUGGCUAGCGAUGCUGCACAAAGGGCUGCAGGGAAGAUCAAGCCGUCAGAAGAAGAGAUGUCUGGAAUAGACGAGCCUGCGGAAGAGAACGUUUGGCAUGAUAAGCCUGACCUUUCAACAGCCAACAUAAAAUCACAAGUUAACUCACAGGUGGGAAAAAGGAAGGAAAAGGCUACCAAAGAUGUACAAGACACGGCAGAAGCUGCUGAGAGCGCAGCUCAUCCAACUGGCCCUGAGGGUGGCGUAGAUGCCACGUCUGGCGCAACUGCUGGAGCUCAGGCUGCGCUAGAAAAAGUAUCUGAGGAUGUCCCAGAGGAAACAAAGACCCGUUCCCGUGAGCUUACCGAGAAGGCGAAGGAGUUUCUGCAAGAGAGGAUGCCGAAGGAGCGACGUGAUCAAACAAUUUGGCGAUUAAAGAGAAUGAUUGUGGAAAUCCAAGGCCACCCCGACUAUCAGCAAGCAAUUGAAACCCUUCUUUCACUCGCAGAAACUUUCGGUGGUCAUGGCAAAGGCGUCUCUCAGGAGGGUGCUUCAGCCACCAGAGAACUAGUAGACGAGAAUAAAGAUGCCAUGAAAAAACUCCAGCUGAUCCUCGAACGGUUUGCGAAUAGCUCUUCAAUGGACAAUCUUUUCGAUUAUAUUGAAAACUUCUAUCAUGCCGCUAAUGAAGAUCCACGGCUGAAAGACUGGUUUAGAUCCGUGAAUUCUUUCACCAGCUUGGAUUUUAGAAAAUGCCUUCAAGAGCAAGGGUUUAUUUUAGAAGAUUCCGCAAAUGAACAAUGGAAUAGCCUUUACGAUGAAGGCCAAUUCCUCCUACGAGCCAGGUACCGUGAAAAUACAGAUAACAUCGUGGAUGAAAUCAAAUUUCUUGGGGAUCAAUUUGAUCAGGACCCCUUGAAUAAAGAGUUGGGCAAUUCUUUGCAAAAGCUGUUUCACAACCUCGGCUACGACGACUCUGGAAAGAUGGUUUUUAAAGAACAUCUGGUCAAGGAUGUUACCAGCAUUAUCUUGCCUUCGUUGUUCGAGAAAAUACGCUAUGUCCCGCUGCCUCGUAUCGAAGUAUCAGACCCAAUGGUCGAUGUGGUUGUCGAAAAUCUUGUCCUUGAGGGUGACAAUUUGCUACCCAAUGUGGUCGAAUUUAGUAGUGACAAUUAUUGGCGCUGGGGUCGCAAGAGAAUUGCCAGCAAACAUACAAACAAGGUCAUGAUAGCAGCAACUGGGAUACAAACUGAUUGGAGGGACGUUAGUUAUUACAUCAAGAAAAAGACUGGGUUCCCUGGUAUCACUGACACCGGGGUAAUGGACAUAUUGAUGGGAGGCGAAGGAUUCAAUUUCAGGAUUUCCGGAUUGACCAGCGACUCAGGUGACAACCUAUUCAAACUAGAAAAUAUUUCGGUCAACAUCAAAAACCUGCAAAUUAAGAUCAAGAAGUCGAAUCACAAAUUGCUUUUUACGAUAUUUAAGCCUCUACUCUACGGUGCCGUACGUCCGGCCGUUGAAAAAGUUUUAGAGCAGCAAAUCCGCGACUGCUUUAUUCGCGGCGAUCGGUUCGCGUAUGCUGUCCAUAGUGAAGCGCAGCGUGCCUGGAAGGCUGCUCGGAGCAGCCCGCAGGAAAGCCAAACUAUUUACUCGUAUUAUGUUGAUGCAGUACGCAAACAAGUUAUGGCUAUGAGAAAGAAAGCAGCCGAGAAGAAAGGCGCUGUGAAGGAACGGGAUACCAAAGUUAACCUCACUGCCACGGAGCGCACUGCUCUUUUCCAGCAUAUCAAGCUGCCGGGGGGCAUAUCCUCCAAGGUUACAGAGUAUGAGGAGCUUGCAGCCAAGGGGGACAAAUGGGAAUCACCCGUCUUUUCCAUUGGCGACGCCGCUGAAUCUACGAACCUCCCUCAGUUAGCUCCUAUUGCACGCAAACCUCGUUCACGACCUAAAACUAGGGAUUCAGGAAUUGGUUCAGUUGAUGAAACUAUCAGUCGGGACGACCAGGACACGGGCAAACGCGGAAUCGGGGGUACUCAACUCCCUUCCGGCCCCCAUAUGGUCCCCGAAGCCAAUAUCCGGGUCUAAAGGCGUUGGGUCGGAGGUGAUCUGAUAGUUUCGAACUUUCUCUUAGUCUCUGAAUCCAGUGCAUGUUUGUUUUUGUGUUUUUGGAAGUAUGCAAUGUCUCUCCUAUCCACAUGAUACCGCAUCUCUUGUUUUCUUUGUCUCUUGUUUUCUAUUCCAUGAAAGUUGCAUGAUGAUUUCCUGAUGAAACGAAUCUCGAUUGUUGCACCGCCAGACAAUUAACGUAUCCUGAGUUAGCAGGAAUCAGGAUUUUGGUGGGUAUCUUGUUGAAUGAAUUGAUGGGCAUGUGCGAUUGGUGCUGUUCUCGUGCAAUGACUUUGUAAUAUGUGACCCAAUAGUCUUAUAAUCUUCUCUUCUCUAUAUAUAGUUAAUUGAAAAGUGGUUUUUCUGUAUUUUAUGGGCAGU